AUGUAUAAUUUACAAGCACAUAUUCAGAUCGAUUUCCAUUCAUUCAUACCCUUCAAAUUUAAUAUUUCACUAGUCAACGAGAAUUCAGUUAAAUUAAAUUCGUGCUUAACAUACUACAUAGUCAUCCAAGAGUCUAGCAAACGGACCAACAUAAAAACAAGACAACAUACAGAAUACACAAAAUACAGCCCCGCAGUCAGUUACCUACAAGGCUAUAAACACUCACCAAAACGCACGAAAGACCCAAAAAUUCUCCAGACUCUGCUCGGCCUCCCUCAAACGGGCCCCAGCAGACACAAUCUCAUUCUCCUUCCCUUCUUUAGCCGACUCAAGCAUCGAGAGCUUCUCCUGCAGCUUCCGCGCCUGCUCUUUCAGCUCCUCGAUCUCCUUCUCCAACUCGCCUUUCUCCAGCUGGUGGCCCGAGAUCUCACAGUCGAGCUCCUUAGCCCGUCCCACGAGCUCCGCCUCUUUAUCCUUGACAGCGAGAAGGCCCGCCACGCGGGCCCGUAUGGCCUCAACCUCAAACCCAUGCGACUCCAGCUCAGCGAGUGUCUCGAGUAUGUCAUCCAUGGUGCUCUUUGGGUCGUCAAACUGCAGCUUGCAGGUUGUCUCGACAGCACUCGAGAAGUUGACCAUGAGGCCUAUGGCAAGGCCUUCGCGCAUGCUCUCCUUGAUGCUUUCGAGAGGCUGGAAAUGGGGGUUUUGAGAGCAAACUGGUCUUUGCAAAUGGCAGGUUUUGGUGCUCGGUUGAAAUUUGGAUUUGGGUUUCUUGGGGAUUUUCGGUGGCCUCCUUCAGCACUGCUGCAUCAUCUUCCCCCUGUGAAAGCUAGGAAGCAGAGAAAACUAAUGAAUUUACUUGAUCCAUCAACUGUAGAUGGAGAUUGUAUCCUCUUCCCUCCAAUCCACUUUGAAAGUGGUUGGUCGUCAAGUUCAAUGCUGGGUGCUUCAGAAUCAUUAUCUACGCCUGGUGUUGGGAUAACUUCGGCUGAUUUCCCUCCAGAGACAUCAGCGGAAUCUACAAUGCCAUAUAAAGAUGUGACACAGAACAAUGAGACACAACAAGCAAAGAGUAGAAGGCGUGACUUACAGUUCUCUUCCCCCAUGAAGGAUUAUCAGAUGAGAGAUCCCCUGUUGCACUUUGUUUACCAGGAAUUUCCACAUUAUUUGCUGAAACUGGACUAA